GUGAUUACAGUGGCUGCAACCACACCUCUUGAUGGUUAAGAAUAAUUUGUUUCCAUUAUCACUCUCACUCUCUCACUCUCAUCAUCAUCAUCAUCAUCUCUCCCUCACCAUCUCACUAUCUAUUACCAUUGACAAUCUGUUGAUUGUUGAUCUUUAAUUAAUAUACAACACCAUCAACUCAAAACAAGUUGGGUUAAAUUAUCAGUGGUUAAAGUGUCUUGAUUGUCCAAACAUCACCAAUUGUGAUUAAAUUGUUUUCCUUUUCCACUUAACUUUCCAUCAUCUUUUUAUACAACAACAAUUUAAUUUGCUUCUUCUCCGUGUUAACCUUUCUAAUUAACCAUUUGCAACUUGUUCCAAUAUUUAAUUUUCUCCAACAAUUAACUAAUAGAAUCAAAAUGAAACUUAAUUGUCAAGUGGAAAAAUUAUCGAAAGCCAAUAUCCCUCUUCGAUAUGUUAUUCUGGCCACUGCGACUUUGGCCAAUUGCCUCGAAUAUGCCCUAAGGGAUAACAUGAGUAUCGCAAUUGUGGCCAUGGUAAAACCUUUGAAUUCACAUUCGACCUCAACAAUUAGUGAAAACAGCAAUUUAACAACAACAACAACGACAAAUCUACCACAACAAUUAAAUCAAACCAUGGUUAAUUUUGUGCUGAUUAAUUCGGAAGUAAUCAAUGAACCUCUCGAUGACUUUGAUGGCAGAUUUGAUUGGUCACCAACUACUCAAGGUCUAAUUCUUGGUGCCUUUUAUUAUGGUUACAUAAUUGCUCACAUGACCGGUGGUCAGUUCUGUGCUUGGUUCGGACCUCGACUCAUUGUUUCAUUGUCCAUCUUAUUUUCAUCUCUAUUUACCUUACUCAUACCCUCGGCCGCUUAUUACAGCCCCUUUGCCGUUGGUUUGACUCGAUCAUUACUUGGAGUUGUUCAGGGUUUUCUGACCCCAUCUCUUUAUGCCCUUUUAGCCCGAUGGAUACCCAAGCGGGAGAGAUCCUUUGCUUUGGCCUUAAUUGUUGUCGGUGGUAAUUGUGGUUCUCUAUUUACAAUGUUGAUCUCUGGUUACCUGGCGGAAAGUGAGAUCGCCGGUGGUUGGCCUUCAGUUUUUUACGUUCUUGGUUCGGUGGGUCUAAUUGUCCUCUUGAUUUGGUUCUAUGUGGUUCGUAAUGAUCCGGAAACUCAUCCAAAUAUCAGCGAUUCUGAGAGACUCUUGAUCAGGGAAAGUCUUACCGAAGAGACUAAGAGUAACUGUGUCGGCGGUCAUUCCCCGACCAAUGGAAGACACAAAAUCCCUUGGGUUGCCAUUGUAUUUUCACCCGUUGUUUGGGCCGUUGGAUUGGCCAAAUUUGCCGGUAAAUGGGGCUACAUUACUUGGGAAACUGAGCUUCCAACUUAUUUGGCUCAAGCAUUAGGACUCAAUUUGAAACAGAAUAGUGCAAUCAAUGCUCUACGAUAUUUAUCCAUGAGUGUUUCGUUUCUGAUAACCGGUUACAUCUCAGAUACGAUUGAACAUAAGAAGUUAAUUUCUCGAACAACGUCAAGAAAAAUAUUCGAAGCCAUCGCCUUAAUCGGUCCAGCGAUUAUGACCAGUAUCAUACCUUUUAUAACAAAUAAUACCACUGGAAUUGUAACUGCUUUGGUUGUUUCGAUGAUUCUUUGGGGAUUCAGUGCCGGUGGAGAUAAUCCAAUGGUCAUGGACAUUUCACCGAAAAAUUCUGGGGCCAUUUACGGCUUCACCGCAGGUCUGUCCAGUUUCCCUGGCCCACUAGCACCUUAUUUCGUUGGACUGGUCCUGGAAUUGGGACAUGGUGAUCCCUCAGUAUGGAAUUACGUCUUUUGGUCAUGUAGUUUAUUCUAUGUGAUCGGUGCCAUUUUUUUCACCAUUUUCGGAACCUCAAAGGAACAAGAUUUCGACAAUUUCAAACUAUCGUCAAUUUGUGGUGGUGGUGAUGACGAAAUUUCACCAAAAAAAUCUAAUAUCGAUAUUGAAAAGCAUCAGAAUUCUGGAGAUUUAUGAGCAAUCAAAUGUGAAGUGUUUUCUUUUCAACAAUCAUCAAAACUGUCCCGCAAAUGUAAACACAAUUGACCAUUGGACAGUUAACAAGAUCAAUGUAAACAUCACUCAAAACUAUUCAUCAUUUGAGUAUAAACAACAACAAUUAAGUCAGUUUCAACUAUUUAAUUAGUUUACUUGGUUAUCAAUGGUUUUUGUUUUUCUCAUUCCAAUUUUUAAAUUCAUCUUUUUUUAUCAACACAAUCAACAAUCAAGUGUCAACAAUGAAACAAUUGCGAAACUUAAUCAUCAGAAACUAUUGUUCAUCAUCAAUGCAAUUCAAUCAUAAUCAUCUUGAAAUUAUUUUAAUUGCUCAGUCCAAAGAUCCGCGAUAUUUGAUGAACAACAAUUUAUAAUCUGGACUAACAAUUUUAAUCAUCGACUCAUAAUUGUAAUAUCAUUUUUCUGUUCAAUCAUUAGAUGGAAACAAUUAACAUAAUAAUAAUUUCUGGUUAAUUGUGGUUAAUCAUCGUGAUUAUAAUAUGAAAUGGAUGAAGAAAUUAAAUUCAUUUUUUAGUUGAUCAUCACAAUUAUUUGGCUUAAUUAGGACAAGGAUUAAUUUUCUUCUGAUAAUUAAUAAGAAGAUAAUUGUAAUCACAAUUGCGACUUAUUUAUAUUACAAUUUCCACAAUUAAAUCGCCAAAUUAAGACAAUCAAA